ACGUGUGUCCCCGAGCUGAGUGGCCAUCCGACUCAGUCCCUCACCGGCCGGUCUGGGCAGCGGAGGAGACGAGUGGUUGGUAGUGGCUGGAAGCUUCGCUAUGGGAAGUCGCUCUUUAGCACUGUCGCCGCUCGCCCUGCUCCCUGGUUCUCCGCAGCCGCUGUCGCUGGAGAGCACCGGGAGGCGCGGGUUGCAAGCGCGCCUGCUUCUCCCCGCCCGGGCGCCAGCGCCCCUGGGCAGGUGCUGAGCGCCUUCUCCGAGCCUCCCCUGCUGCCUCCCUCUUCCGCCUAGCCGCCUUGCUGCUGCAGUGCACAUGGGCUGCUGGAGGUAGAUGGGCUCACCGCCCGUGAGGCGGCGGUGGAUGCGGCGCUGGGCAGAAACAGCCACCGAUUCCAGCUGCCGUGGGGCCGAGCGCCCGGAGCGCCGCUGCGAGCCCCGGGCUCAGCCAUGGGGACCUCCGCAAGCAGCAUCACCGCCCUCGCCUCUUGCAGCCGCAUCGCCGGCCAAGUUGGAGCCACGAUGGUCGCCGGCUCCCUUCUCUUGCUUGGGUUCCUCAGCACCAUCACAGCCCAACCAGAACAAAAGACUCUGAGUCUCACGGGCACGUACCGCCACGUUGACCGUACCACUGGCCAGGUGCUAACCUGCGACAAGUGUCCGGCAGGAACGUAUGUCUCCGAGCACUGUACCAACACGAGCCUGCGAGUCUGCAGCAGCUGCCCCUCGGGGACCUUUACCAGGCAUGAGAACGGCAUAGAGAGAUGCCAUGACUGUAGUCAGCCAUGCCCACGGCCGAUGAUUGAGAGAUUACCUUGUGCUGCCUUGACUGACCGAGAAUGCAUCUGCCCACCCGGAAUGUAUCAGUCUAAUGGGACCUGCGCUCCCCACACGGUGUGCCCCGUGGGCUGGGGUGUGAGGAAGAAAGGGACAGAGAAUGAAGAUGUGCGGUGUAAGCAGUGUGCUCGCGGUACCUUCUCUGACGUGCCUUCCAGUGUGAUGAAGUGUAGAGCCCACACGGACUGUCUGGGUCAGAACCUGAUGGUGGUCAAGCAGGGGACUAAGGAGACAGACAACGUCUGUGGCGUGCACCUGUCCUCCUCCAGCACGACCCCAUCUUCCCCUGGCAUAGCUACCUUUUCUCAUCCUGAGCACACGGAAUCCCACGAUGUCCCCUCCUCCACCUAUGAGCCCCAAGGCAUGAACUCAACAGAUUCCAACUCUACUGCCUCUGUUAGAACUAAGGUACCAAGUGACAUCCAGGAAGAGACAGUGCCUGACAAUACAAGCUCCACGAGUGGGAAGGAGAGCACGAACAGGACCCUGCCAAACCCACCACAACUUACCCACCAGCAAGGCCCCCACCACAGACACAUUCUGAAGCUGCUGCCAUCAUCCAUGGAGGCCACUGGUGAGAAGUCCAGCACAGCCAUCAAGGCCCCCAAGAGGGGCCAUCCCAGACAGAACCCACACAAGCAUUUCGACAUCAACGAGCAUUUGCCCUGGAUGAUUGUACUCUUCCUUCUGCUGGUCCUGGUGCUCAUUGUGGUGUGCAGUAUCCGAAAGAGCUCUAGGACUCUCAAGAAGGGGCCCCGGCAGGAUCCCAGUGCCAUCAUGGAAAAGGCAGGGCUGAAGAAGUCCUUGACUCCAACCCAGAACCGGGAGAAAUGGAUCUACUACCGCAAUGGCCACGGUAUUGACAUCCUGAAGCUUGUAGCAGCGCAGGUGGGAAGCCAGUGGAAGGACAUCUAUCAGUUUCUUUGCAACGCCAGCGAGAGGGAGGUGGCUGCCUUCUCCAAUGGAUACACUGCAGACCAUGAACGAGCCUAUGCAGCUCUGCAGCACUGGACCAUCCGGGGCCCUGAGGCCAGCCUUGCUCAGCUCAUCAGCGCCUUGCGCCAGCACCGACGCAAUGAUGUUGUGGAGAAGAUUCGUGGGCUGAUGGAAGAUACUACGCAGUUGGAAACCGACAAACUGGCUCUCCCCAUGAGCCCCAGUCCGCUUAGCCCGAGCCCCAUUCCCAGUCCUAACGUGAAACUUGAGAAUUCCACUCUCCUGACAGUGGAGCCCUCACCCCUGGACAAGAACAAGGGCUUCUUCGUGGACGAGUCGGAGCCCCUUCUGCGUUGUGACUCCACGUCCAGCGGCUCUUCAGCACUGAGCAGGAAUGGCUCCUUUAUAACCAAAGAAAAGAAGGACACAGUGUUGCGGCAGGUCCGCCUGGACCCCUGUGACUUGCAGCCCAUCUUUGACGACAUGCUGCACAUCCUGAAUCCGGAAGAGCUGCGGGUAAUCGAAGAGAUUCCCCAGGCUGAGGACAAACUGGACCGUCUCUUCGAGAUCAUUGGGGUCAAGAGCCAAGAAGCCAGCCAGACCCUCUUGGACUCUGUGUACAGCCAUCUUCCUGACCUAUUGUAGAACACCGGGGCACUGCGUUCAGGAAAUCAGCCUACUGGCAGAGUGAUUUCAUUUCUUUUCUGACUUUUGUGUUUUGGUGUGUGCGUGUAUGUAUGUGUUUAACAGAGUAUAUGGCUGGUGCUUGAGUUUGGGGCUCUUUCUUUCUUUCUUUCUUUCUUUCCUUCUUUCUUUCUUUUCUCUUCUUGAAAGUGAAUGUAUAAAGCCUUUUCAAUGUAUAACUGUUCGAAAAUGCCCACCACUAAAGUUUUUUUUUUAAGUUCCAUAUAUUCUCCAUUUUUGCCUUCUUAUAUAUUUUCAACACUAUUCUGUGCACUUUAAAAACUUAACAUAGACGCGGUGUGACUUUUCCCAUAUGCUGGAUUCCAAGACUUUGAACUUCUUAAAAAACAUAAUGGCAUCUUGUGACUUCUCUAAGUAGACAUAAGUCUGCCAACAUCAACGCCUACUUUGUCUGUUUUAAUUAUCACUGCUCUCUGUCGUAUUGUUUGUCCUUCACGAGCGUUUCUAAGGACGGAGGGAGGCUACGACCCUGUUGAUGACUGUAACUCUAUUAGAUUUUGAGUUGUCUUUUUUCAUGUCUUGUUCUAUAGUUCAUAUUCACGACGGAAACUUGACCACACUCUCUAUCGCUCGCUGUAUGGUUUUCGUCUGGACAUCGUACACUGCUUGUAACUUGUGCUCCCCUUAAUGCUACUAAGCUCUGGGCUGGAGAAUGAAAUCCUUAAGUCCCCAGGACUUGCUGUUUCAGUGGCUUGACACCUGGGCCACCAAAGAACUCGAUCUUCAUCUUUUAGGAACACCUUUGCUGCACCUUGGAAAACCACUUUAUGCCCAGCUUUGCUUUAAAAGAUAUUUUUCUUAUUUUUUUUAUUCCCCUCUCUCUCUCUCUCUCUCUCUCUCUCUCUCUCUCUCUCUCUCUCUCUCUCAAUACACAUAGUCUAUAGGUCCAGUCUGCCCUCAAGGCCUUGCUGGGUUUCCUUUGUCAUCCAACCACUUUCGUUAAAAAUGGCUGCAGCUGUAAGAACUCCUGUCCGAUAAAUUUGCAACUACGCUCUCUCAUUUAUCAACCUGUCCUCUGAUGCUCAGUUGUCAGACUCUAAUGCAGAGCUAGACGCCCACUGCCUUUGUGUGGGUGGGCUUAGUGGUGAGGAACUGAUAUCAGAAAAAUGCCUUCAAGUAUACUAAUUUAUUAAUAAAUAUUAGGUGUUUGUUACUUGCGUGAUUUUGGUGUGUUUACUACUUAACUUUCCCCUUUGCCUCUGUUCAGGUUCUAGCUCUGGUCUUCUCUUGGGGAAGAAUGUGUGUUCUGAAAGCCUCCUCCUGCCCAAUCUGUAAAUCACACACAUUAGCACAAGUCCCUUUUGGAGAGGUACCCGGAGGUUCAGUGCGCAGGGCUUUGAUAAGAACUGCCAAGCCUUUCCUAGUCUUUCGAGUUAAACCACAGGCUUUUAUUUCCUCCAGGUAAUGUUUUUUACCUGUGGGGCAAUCUGCACACCUCCACAGACUUCUAGCUAAAACCUCAGUGUCCCUGACGAACUCCAGAGGGCUUUCUCGGCAGUGAGGCGGGUGUAGUUUUGUGUUGGUGGGAUUUCUCAAGUUCACUGCUGGUUUCCUUUAGGACCCCGCCUCUGCAGAAUUCCAAUGACUAGACGCUAGCAAUUUUAACUUCCUCUUUCUGUGAGAACCUGGAAGUGGAUACUGUAUGCACUGUGACGCUCAUGUCAGCAACUGGGGAGUGUCUUCUGGUUUCAUUCCUCUCCUUGUGGCAGCUUUCAAGAAGAACACCCCAGUUUCCCUUCCCUCUUGUUGGUGGAAAAUAAGAACUCUGAGGCCAGGUAGUGGUAGUACAUGCCUUUAAUCUAUUGGAAGAGAGAGGCAGGAGGAUAUUGAGUUUGAAGCCAGCCUGGGGAGUUCCAGGACAUCCAUGGCUACCCU